AUGGCCGCGGAGAGCGUGGGGCUUGAACCUGAGCCGGGGUCCGAGCCGGAUCCGCUGUGCUCCGAGCACGGCCGGCCUCUGAGCUGGUUCUGCGGCUCCGACCGGCGGCCCGUGUGCGACGCCUGCACGGGGCCGGGCGGCCGCUGCCGGGGACACCGCCUCUGCCGGACGGAGGAGCGCGCGGAGGAGCUGCGGAACAAGAUUGUGGACCAAUGUGAGAGACUGCAGUUACAGAGUGCCGGCAUCAGCAAGUAUAUGGCUGAGGUCCUGCCAGGGAAGAGCCAGAGAGCAGUGAGUAGGGCCAGCGCAGCACGGGAACUGGUUAUCCAGCGGUUGAGUCUGGUGCGGAGUCUGUGUGAAAGUGAGGAGCAGCGGUUACUGGAACAGGUGCAUGGUGAAGAGGAGCGGACUCACCAGAGCAUCCUGACCCAGCGAGUACACUGGGCUGAGGCCCUGCAGAAGCUUGACACCAUCCGCACCAGUCUGGUGGGCUUGCUCACCCAUCUGGAUGACAUCCAGCUGAUUCAGAAAGAGCAGGAGAUUUUCGAGAGGACUGAGGAAGCAGAGGGCAUUUUGGAUCCCCAGGAGUCAGAAAAGUUGAACUUUAAUGAGAAAUGUACUCGGAGUCCACUACUGACCCAGCUCUGGGCAACAGCUGUGCUUGGGUCCCUCUCAGGCAUGGAGGAUGUGCGUAUCGAUGAGAAGACUGUCAGCCCCUUAUUACAACUGUCAGACGACCGAAGGACCGUGACCUUCAGUGCCAAGAAGCCUAAGGCCUGUGUGGAUGGCCCAGAGCGCUUUGACCAUUGGCCCAAUGCCCUGGCAGCCACUUCUUUCCAGGAGGGGCUCCAUGCCUGGGUGGUAAACGUCCAGAACAGUUGUGCCUAUAAAGUGGGCGUGGCCUCGGGUCAGCUGCCCCGCAAGGGUUCUGGCAAUGACUGCCGCCUGGGCCACAAUGAGUUCUCAUGGGUUUUCUCACGCUAUGACCAAGAGUUCCGUUUCUUGCACAAUGGGCAGCAUGAGCCCCUGGGGCUGCUGCAGUGCCCAGCCCAGUUGGGUGUGCUGCUGGACCUCCAAGCAGGAGAACUGCUCUUCUAUGAGCCGGCAUCAGGGACCGUGUUAUUCACCUUCCAUACGUCCUUCCCUACACCCCUCUUCCCAGUCUUCGCUGUGGCCGACCAGACCAUCUCCAUCAUCCACUGACCUCUGAUCACGGGGCCAGCUUCACUUCCGCACCACCCUGGAAGAUGAAAUCACUUUUCUCCCUGGAGUCCUUUUUCCCAGUUGAUGUAUAGGGGGGCUUCUUAAGGGAAACGGCCCCUGCUUAGUGGGCAGCGUGGGAAUCUGUCUUGGAUCUGGCACACCCUUUAAAUGUUGGGUGUCUGCAGGGAGUGGAUGUCUCAGCAUCAGUGUCUCCAGUCUACCAUAUGUGUGCCCUUGUGAGGGCCUCUUGUUCAACAGAUUAGGUCUAGCUUCCAGCAUAUCGAGUGCCUGAUGCAAAAUGAGUGUGUAGUAAUUAUUUGGUGAGUGGAUGGAUGUGUGGAUGGAUGGACAGGUUACUGGAUGAGGUAUUUCCUGGAGAACCCCCAAGCUUUGGGUGGUGGAAAUAAUUUUCUACAAAGAAACCUGUGGCCAAAGCUUCUUUAUCUUCCCCAUCCUGUGCCUCUCCAUCUUCUUCAUGACAUAGCCCAUACAGAAGAUAUUUUUCUAGUGACAGAAGAGCAGCCUGAGAGUGCUGUAUUCCCCCACCCCCGGGCCCAGCCCUGGAAACUGCCACCAGCCUGCCUGUGAUAAUGGAGUAAAAUUCCCUGAACUAUGGCUGAUGGGUGUCCCACCUAAGGGUCUUCUUCCUUAAAGCAGAGCCUGGGCUGAGAGCUUCCAGACUGAGAAAGCUGAGGAGGAAAGAGGGCUGGCCCUAAGGACAUGAACAUUAUUAAAGGUUUUCAAAGACUAAAAGAUGUCUCCCUUGAUCUCUGUGGGUGAUUGCUUACAUACUACAUGCCCUAGUCUUCCGUACCCUUAGGCCUGUACUGAGGUGAUGUCACUAGGGCCCAAGGGAAAAUACGUCGCUUGUGUUCUCCACAUG